AUGGAUGCAGGAGAACCACUUGCUGAUCCAACAGUAUAUAGAAGACUGAUUGGAAGACUUGUAUAUCUUUGCAUCAUACGCCCUGACAUCACAUUUGCUGUCAACAAGCUCAGCCAAUUCUUGUCUAAACCAUGCUCAGACCAUUCACUUGCUGUUGAAAGAGUUCUCAAGUACUUAAAAGGCACAAUAGGCCACGACCAAUUUUAUUCUGCUCAAGCAGAUCCAUCUUUAAGCAUUUUUUCUGAUGCUGAUUGGGCUGGAUGCCCAGAUACUAGGAGAUCUAUCUCUGGUUUUUGCCUAUUUCUUGGUACAUUUUUUAUUUCUUGGAGAUCAAAGAAGCAGCACACUGUAUCUAGAUCCUCAGCUGAGGCUGAAUAUAGGUCAAUGGCCCUUGCUUGCUGUGAAGUAGUAUGGAUUGUUGCUUUGCUCAAGGACUUUGGUUUGGAAGUGAUAUUUUUACUAAACCUCUAG